UCAAUAUCUGAGCGUAUUGCGAAGAAAAUUUCCUCGAUGGCAUCUUCAUUGCGUUAUGCAACACUUGUCGCUCUCUUCGGCCUCGGGUCAUGCGUUGUGUCAACACAACAUACUGAGCGCCAAAUCUCAAGCAUCGACAGAUCUACGUUAGAUGGGAAAUUAUUUGUGGGAUACCAAGCGUGGUUCCGCAAACCGUUGGAAGAUGACGGGAAUUCGCACUGGACAACAGACACUCCAUCGCCGGAAGUCGGCCACGUUGGGGUCGAUAUGAUACCUAAUAUAACAGGUUAUCCAUCCGAAUGUCUCUUCGACACUCCCUUUACGCUCCCUGGCGGGGGAAACGCCCAAUUUUAUACAAACGACUGUGAGGGCGUCGUUGACAUGCAUUUUAAGAUUAUGGCAGACAAUGGAAUAAGCGGCGCUUUCAUGCAGAGGUUCUACGGCUAUAUCAACGAGGCUAGCGGCGGCUGGGUUAAUAUUCUCAAUUAUACGAAAAUAGCUGCGGAGAAAUACGGACGAGGAUUCGUGAUAGAAUAUGAUCUUAAUGGCGCCGCCACCACCUCGACGAAUGUGACGAGCACUUUUCUCGCUGACCUCGCGGCCCUAAAUUCUAUAAUAUCGUCUCCGGCAUAUAUGCAUCACAACGGAAAACCCGUCCUUGAGAUAUGGGGUUUUGGUAUCGUGACAUCCGUCACGGUCGAUGACGGGAUCGCAAUAGUUACCGCGCUCAAAAACGCCGGCUGGUACGUGAUCCUGGGAGUGCAGCAGGCAUGGCACGCAGAGCUAGCGGCGAACCAGCCGGGGGGCUACGGAUCAGUUUAUCAACUUGCCGAUAUGAUACAGCCUUGGACUGUCGGAGCUUACGACAUGAGCAGCUACGACAGUUUCCAUGACGGACGACAGGCUGUCGAAGAUGCUAACGCGUUACGCGAUAUGGGAAUAGCGAGUAGUAUCGUCGUGUGGCCUGGAGGUUCUAGUAGCAAUGCGAAUCCGAGUGAGACAUUCGACCACUUUCCAAGAUGGAAUGGAACAUUCUAUCAAAAACAACUAGACGGUGCGGUAAACCUCAAGCCUACCUUCAUAUUCGGCGCCAUGUUCGACGAAGUGAACGAGGGAACCGCGAUUUUGCCUUUACUAAGGAAUAAAGAAUUACCUACAAACCAGAAGUUUCUGGGCAUCGAUGAUAAUAUGGAGCCUGAUGCCUAUGUAAAAAUGGCUGGAGAUGCGGCGUUGAAAUUUGCUUCAACUUCAUAAUACUUUACAAUUGCACUCCUAGGGUUAGGGUUAGGGUU